AUGGUUAAAAUUUGUUUUCUCGGGUUUCGUGAUUGGUUCGGUUAUGUAUGUGAUGUGAAUCUGCGAUCGCAGUUAAUAUCUUCAGCAUAUCAGAGAUGCCGAUUAUCCGAGCAGAUGUGCAGACUCGCCGUCGUUCUCACUCGCUCUUCAUCCUCUCUUCGAAUUUCAAGUAAUAACAUGUGUGCAAGGACAAUCAGUGGUAGUGAUAUGGUAGUAAGAGGUGGCAAUGGUAGCAACAGCACUAGUGGCAGUGGAAGCAGCAAAAUCUCUGAUACUGGCCUUGGGAGCUGCUUAGAGGAAUUUCAAGACUUGAGGUUUUAUUGCACAAAUGUUGCUGACAAUUGGGGCAUCAGUGAUUCUGAGAUACAUAGUUAUCAGAUUAAUCUGAAAGACAGUGGUUCCUCUGGAAUAACUAGACUGCCUUCGCACACAAAAAAUGGUGUAAAAUUCAGUGGUAGUGAAGUUUGUCUAUCUUCUUUAGUUAGCCUUGAUCUCUUACUAGCUGAUAUUCAUAGCUUUUUACAGAAGAAUGUUGCAAUUCAAUUAAGCGCAGAAGAUUGCAAUUUACCUGAAUCACGAUAUGAAAGGCUUUUUCUUGCAAAUGAGUGCAAGCAAUUACCUAUGUCAGCAUCAAAUUUUGAACUUCUUAAGUCAGGCAUCGAAGACUAUCUCAAGGUUGGAAGUGGUGUAACUUGCUGUACUGAUAAUCAUCUACACACUGAACUGGUGAUGGAGGCAGUCAUAGUAAUCAGUAAUAUAUCAAUGCAGAACACUACGUGCUUCAGGAACUAUGGCGAUAAAACAGAGGUUUUGUAUUUCAAGGACUUCUCACCUUGCACAAACUCCCAAUCAUCUUUGAAGGCAUUAAAAAGGAUUGACUGGAAAAGAUAUGGUUUGAAUUUAGGGGGCAUAGUAGAGCAAGAUGGAGUUACAUUACUAGAAUGGGAAAACUUGCCUCCAGAUACUCAUAUUGAUAUUGCCAUGAUACCAGUGCCAAGGAAAAUGUCUCGACGUGAUAGAAACCUUGUUAAGAGAGUAAUUAAAUUGUCCCUGGAUGACUUGAAGUCGAAGCAUUCAGGGGUUUUGUUAAGUUCACGAGCCCUUCAGAUUCGCAGAUAUGCGCCUGAUCUCGCAAAAACAAUUGCGGGGCUGAUCUUGUCUUCCAGUGACUUGGAUUUCCAGGGAGAAUGCUUUUCUCUUCUUGGAUUAGAGUCCCGAGAAGUUGGAACUGAAGUUGUACAAAACUGUAUAGAAGAAAGAAUUGUUUCAGUUAUAGAGAUGAACGACAAGAAACCCCACAGUUCUCAAGAAGUCGCACCUUUCCUUUUCGAAGAAGAUCCUGUCCAAGAAAUAGAGUUUCAAGAAAAUGAUUUCAGCCCCUUGGACUUAUAA